GAGUAGUCUACGCUGAAAUAAGAGUAAUAUACUAUAAUGAUGUAACAGUUGUUUUUUUUUGACAUUUGAACUUGAGACUUUGUUUUCGUCUGUGUCAACAACCCAUGUUCAAAGGAAAUGUCAAAAUUGUAAAUAUUUUAAACAAAUAAUAAUAUAAUAUAAAUAAAAUGAUAUUGGACACGUAACCAAUUAGUAAAAAAAACAGUCCAAUCAAUAACAUGCCCUCGUCGGAAGUUGCUUCUUCGCCUGAAGUAUAUUCAUCAUGGGUGGGUUUAAUAUAUGUGUUCAAUUUAAUUGUUGGAACUGGAGCCCUAACUUUGCCCUCAGUGUUUGCACAAGCUGGGUGGUUACUUAGUACUUUACUGAUUAUUGCACUGGCAUUCAUUGGAUAUGUCACUGUUACAUUCAUUAUUGAAACUAUGGCAUGUGCCAAUGCCACAAUACAAGUUAAGAAGUUGCAAUCACAUAAAAUUGAUGGGGAAAGUGAAGCAGCUGUGGACUCUGAAACUGAUGAAGAAGAAGUAACAAAUGAGGAAACAGCAAUUAUGGGGAAUCGAAAUUUGAGGAGGUACUACAGUUUAAAUUACCAAGUUGAGUUGGGUGAAAUGGCAGGCUUAUAUUUUAAUCGAGUUGGUCAAAUACUCUUCUACAUAUCAUUGUGCAUAUACUUAUAUGGUGAUUUAGCAAUUUAUGCAGCAGCUGUAUCUAAAUCUCUUUGUGAUUUGGUCUGCCCCAAUAACAGAAGUAUCAGUAAUUCAACAGAGGAUUUUGAUAUUGAAUGCUUUCAUGAGAGCAUUACCAAAAUAGAUCUGUAUAGAAUAUUUGUUGGAGUUUUUGCUCUGUUGAUUGGACCAUUUACAUACUUCAAUGUUCAGAAAACCAAGUACUUCCAAUUGGCCACUACUUCCAUGCGCUGGUGCGCUUUUACAAUAAUGAUCGUUUUGGCGGCGGUGAGUUUGAUACAAUUCGGUCCCAAGGGAUAUCCACCCAUGAUGAAUUUCAAUGGUGUUCCGGCUUUAAUCGGUGCAAGUGUUUACAGUUUCAUGUGCCACCAUUCGUUGCCCGGAUUGGUUGCGCCAUUCAGUGAGAAACGGUAUGUCCUACGACAAUUGGGACUAGAUUACAUUCUCAUAUGUUCGUUUUAUAUACUUCUAUCAUUGACUGGUAUAUUUGCUUUCAACAAAUUAUUCGAUCUGUAUACGCUUAACUUCGUACCAAAUGGAGACAAUCCAACAAACUUUUUCAUGCAACUGAUUCAGUACUUCCUCGGAAUGUUUCCCAUUUUUACAUUGUCCACCAGCUUCCCAAUCAUUGCCAUAACGUUGCAAAACAAUCUGAAAACAUUGUUCCUCGAUCCUAACAAGAUGGAUUCGUAUAGUUUCGUUUUGAAACGCCUUACAUUCCCGACAUUAGCUGUAGCGCCGCCCAUUUUCGUGGCUGUUUCCACCCACAACCUGAGUUCAUUGGUUGAAUUUACCGGGUCGUACGCAGGAGCGUGCGUUCAAUACGUUGUACCAGCAUUUCUUGUCUAUCAAGCUAGAAAACAUUGUAAAAGAGACAUUGGAACUGCCACAAAUAAAUACGCGAGUCCUUUCAAAAGUUCGCUCUGGGUGUAUUUUGUCAUCUGUUGGUCCCUGGUUUGUUCUAUUUUGGUUACACUAAAUUUAUUCGCCGAAUUUUAAAGGUAAUCAACAUUACCUUUUAAUUUUGGUACUUUAACCAAAUCAAUAUAGUCUUUCAUAUAUUUUAAUUUUAAGAGAAUUUAAUUUGUAAUAAGUAAGUGAGAAGUAUAGCACAAUAACGUGUAUAUUAUAAUGAGGGAUUAUUCUCGACUGACAAGUUAUUAAAUGGAAAUACUGACUACAACGUCUAUAUAUUUUUAAAAAUGUCGAUGUAAGCAAAGUGUUGAAUGGUAUUACAAGUAUAUUUUAAUAAUUGUAUACAAAUGUUAUUUUAAUUAUUUGGACACUAAAAAACUAACAAUAAAUUU